AUGUAUGUAUACUGUCCUAUUCCUGCAGAUGUAUUAACUAAGGGUCGUUUGUUGGAGAACAUCUAUAUUCCGCUUGUUGGACGGGUUUGUGUUCCCCGCUUGCGGGAUUCGUCCCUUGUCGCUGCCCCCUCGUCGUCGUCGUCGCCGCCGACGAGCUCCCCUCCUUCUUCAGCCAUCCCUUCCUUCUACCCCGCAAUGGCGACGAGCUCGCACUGGAAUUCGCGUCACUCGCACCCCAACCCCAGCCAUCCCUCGGCGAGUGGUGCACCAGGACCUACGAGCAGCGCCAGCGGCAUCAGCAGCAACAGCAGCGGCUCGAGGGAGGAGGCCCAGUACAUCGAGUACGGCAGCAGUGACGCCCUUCACGGCCUGCGGAGCCCACCACCACAAACCCCGAAUCCGCUCGAGGAUGCCCGUCUCCUCUCCCAGCCAUCGUCACCAGUGCCCAACGACGUUCACGGUGUCGGCCAGCGUCAGCUGCGCAGUGUACCCGGCUCAUCAAGCUUUCCUUCUUCACCUCUCAACCCGACUCCGCCGUCGACGUUUUCCGCAGGCUCUAACCCCUUCGCCCGGCCAACUGGCUCGCGACCAGCGUCGAGAGGGAGCUCCAAGCAACCCCAGUUAGAUGACAACCUCAUGGCGGGAUUAGGACUGGGGAACAACAGCAGCGGCCUCCCACACAGCAUUGGCCCACGGGGGUCGAUGAUCCUCUACCGACUUGCCGACGAUGGCAAGGAGGCCCGGGAGUCGCUGCUCAUGCCGCCGAAGCUCUUCAGGGACAAGCGGGACUCAAUAGCAUCGUCAUCAGGGGACAGCAUGAUCUCGAUUUCGUCCGACUCCAAGUACCCCUCUGGCAUGCCCUCAGUGCGUGGACUUGUGCCGUAUGCGUACGAUCCUAUCCUGGACGAGAACGAAGCACCAGACGAUGAGGAUUUACUUCAUGACCCAAAUCGCAAGGGAGGGAUGAGGGGCGAUAAGGGUGCAUUCCCGUGGAGGGGUAUCAUGAACGUCGGCGUCAUCAUUGUGCUCCUCCUGGCGCUGCUAUGUCUCUUCAUUUUCUACCCGGUCUUAUCAUUCUAUCGCGAUGAAGCCAAAAACCGGGCAAUAGAUGGCAAUAUCAGGAUUAACGCUACAGGCCAGGCACCAGUUCUAUUCCAAAUGCCAGAAGUUAUCGACCCAGAAACACCCCCGUCGGCGAUGACAAGAACAGGGUUCGACGGCCAGGAGUAUGAACUUGUCUUUUCGGACGAGUUCAACACGGAUGGGCGGACAUUCUACCCAGGUGACGAUCCGUUUUGGGAGGCGGUGGAUUUGUGGUACGGUGCUACGGGCGACUUGGAGUGGUAUGACCCCUCGCAGGUCACGACGAGGGAUGGAGCGUUGGUUAUCACGAUGGACUCAACCUCGACGGCACAGGCUGGGUUGACACCAGGCUCGACAGCACCGUUCACAGCGGCCGAGAAUCACAACAUGGAAUAUCGAUCCGGAAUGCUGCAAACAUGGAAUAAGUUUUGCUUUACGACAGGGUACAUUGAAGUCGCUGCUUCUUUCCCUGGUCCAGACCAGUCGACGACGGGUUAUUGGCCUGGUGCCUGGACAAUGGGCAACCUUGCUCGACCUGGGUAUCCAGCGACGACGGACGGGAUGUGGCCAUACACCUAUGACUCAUGCGACGUCGGCACAUUCCCCAACCAGACGAAUAAGGACGGCCUUGGGCCAGCUGCUGCGUUGCACUCUGAUGCCUCGAGGUCAAGGUACAAUUUCGAGCUGAGCUGGCUGAGUGGGCAGAGGUUAUCUGCGUGCUCUUGUCCGGGCUCAGACCACCCAGGUCCUGACGUCACUCGUGGCCGCGGAGCUCCCGAACUCGAUAUCUUCGAGGCGGAGAAGGACAAGGACAUUCCCCUUGUGCAUAUCGUGUCGCAGUCUGCGCAGUUUGCUCCGUUCAGUCACGACUAUACGUACAACAACAAUACGGGGGAUUGGAUCAACUAUGACUCGACAAGGACGAGGGCGAACACCUACAGGGGUAGCGCAGUGCAGCAGAGUGUCUCUGGGUUGACUAGGGUGCCAGCGGAUAUGUUCCAGGGCUCAGGAGCGAAUUUUAAGACUUUUGGUUUCGAAUACUGGUCGGACCCCAACGAUCGACAGGCGGGUUAUGUUAACUGGCAAGUCGAUGGCGCGCGUAGUCAUCGCGUAUCCGCCACUGCUGUCGGGCCUGAUCAGGGUUCCGAUGGAAGUGGUGUCGGGCAGAGGCUGAUUCCAGAGGAGCCAAUGGCUAUCGUUUUGAACUUGGGCAUUUCUUCCAAUUGGCAAACGAUUGACCUGAGCUCUAUGAUGUUCCCGGCCGAGCUGAAAUUCGACUAUGUGCGAGUGUACCAACGAAAAGGACAGACAAACGUCGGCUGCAAUCCUAAGGAUUAUCCCACCACGGAGUACAUUAAUAACCAUAUGAAGGCGUAUACCGAUAUUAAUAUGACGACAUGGGAUUGGCCCAAGCCCAGAAAUUCAUUGUACGAAGGCAGCUGUUAG